AUGGGGUGGUCUGUAUUGUGGGUGGUCUGUAUGGGCGAGGAUGGGGUGGUCUGUAUUGUGGGUGGUCUGUAUGGGCGAGGAUGGAGUGGUCUGUAUUGUGGGUGGUCUGUAUGGGCGAGGAUGGGGUGGUCUGUAUUGUGGGUGGUCUGUAUGGGCAAGGAUGGGGUGGUCUGUAUUGUGGGUGGUCUGUAUGGGCGAGGAUGGGGGUGGUCUGUAUUGUGGGUGGUCUGUAUGGGCGAGGAUGGGGUGGUCUGUAUUGUGGGUGGUCUGUAUGGGCGAGGAUGGGGUGGUCUGUAUUGUGGGUGGUCUGUAUGGGCGAGGAUGAGGUGGUCUGGAACAACAGGUGUCAUGUCAUGGCUCUGUAUGGGCGAGGAUGGGGUGGCCUGUAUUGUGGGUGGUCUGUAUGGGCGAGGAUGGGGUGGUCUGUAUUGUGGGUGGUCUGUAUGGGCGAGGAUGGGGUGGUCUGUAUUGUGGGUGGUCUGUAUGGGCGAGGAUGGGGUGGUCUGUAUUGUGGGUGGUCUGUAUGGGCGAGGAUGGGGUGGUCUGUAUUGUGGGUGGUCUGUAUGGGCGAGGAUGGGGUGGUCUGUAUUGUGGGUGGUCCGUAUGGGUGAGGAUGGGGUGGUCUGUAUUGUGGGUGGUCUGUAUAGGCGAGGAUGGGGUGGUCUGUAUUGUGGGUGGUCCGUAUGGGCGAGGAUGGGGUGGUCUGUAUUGUGGGUGGUCCGUAUGGGCGAGGAUGGGGUGGUCUGUAUUGUGGGUGGUCUGUAUGGGCGAGGAUGGGGUGGUCUGUAUUGUGGGUGGUCUGUAUGGGCGAGGAUGGGGUGGUCUGUAUUGUGGGCGGUCUGUAUGGGCGAGGAUGGGGUGGUCUGUAUUGUGGGUGGUCUGUAUGGGCGAGGAUGGGGUGGUCUGUAUUGUGGGUGGUCUGUAUGGGCGAGGAUGGGGUGGUCUGUAUUGUGGGUGGUCUGUAUGGGCGAGGAUGGGGUGGUCUGUAUUGUGGGUGGUCUGUAUUGUGGGUGGUCUGUAUUGUGGGUGGUCUGUAUGGGUAAGGAUGGGGGGGCCUGUAUUUGGGGGAUCCUAGGUCCCCUGCUAUGCCUAUCCUUUAUAUAUAGUGCUCUAUGCCGCUGUGUGCCUUAUUGUUAUAAACAUCAAGACCAAAUAAAAAACAUUUUAUAUGAUAAAUAUUCCAGCCCAGAUCAGCUUUUUUUCUUGUUUUACAGAAGAUCCAAACCUAUCUGUAUGCAAAUGCUAAAAGAUUGGUUGAAUGUAGUCUCAUUUCAAAAACCUUCAUGUUGCCAACUCUACUUGAAAAUUUCACAUUUAUUUUGUAAAAAACCAAAAUGAUUCUGUUAUCAUUUCUACAAUUUUCAAAAUAUGAAGAAUUAUGCUCUUGUUUCUUUGUCAUUUGUACCAAUCAUUCCAUUUUCUUUCAUUUUUCUAUUUGUCAAAGAAAAGAAAUAAGAUAAUUUGGCCUUAUUUCAUGGCAUUCCCCUGAGUCAGUGAGAAUGCAGUUCAGUUUCCCUCUGCUCUAAGUGUUAAGUCAGUGAGAAUGCAGUACAGUUUCCCUCUGCUCCAAGUGUUAAGUCAGUGAGAAUGCAGUACAGUUUCCCUCUGCUCCAAGUGUUAAGUCAGUGAGAAUGCAGUACAGUUUCCCUCUGCUCUAAGUGUUAAGUCAGUGAGAAUGCAGUACAGUUUCCCUCUGCUCUAAGUGUUAAGUCAGUGAGAAUGCAGUACAGUUUCCCUCUGCUCUAAGUGUUAAGUCAGUGAGAAUGCAGUACAGUUUCCCUCUGCUCCAAGUGUUAAGUCAGUGAGAAUGCAGUACAGUUUCCCUCUGCUCCAAGUGUUAAGUCAGUGAGAAUGCAGUACAGUUUCCCUCUGCUCCAAGUGUUAAGUCAGU